AUGAACUUGCCUCGAUCAACAAUAGAUCAUCAUGAUGAUGGCAAAGAAGAACUACCGUCGAUUAAUAUACUGUUUGUUGGUAGUUCUCAAUCGGGCAAGUCAACAUUGAUAAAGGUAUUGGAAAAUCAGGAUUAUAAAUCGUCACACACCGGCUUUUCCGAGACAAAACAGCCAUGCUUUAAAUCAUUCACAGUAACUACUGAUCCUACCAAUCCAGCUGCUAUUGUUUAUCUUUUGAAUAUUAUCGAUACACCCGGUUUGAAAGAAAUUCGCCGUCAAACAACGGAAACACGUACCGAUGAUGAACUCUUGUCAGACAUAGAUGCAUUUAUCAGACACCAUUUCGAUAGAUUGCAUUGCCUCUGUUUUGUUGCAGAAGCUGGUCGAGUGCAUCAAAAAGAUUUGGAAAUAUUUGAAAAAUUAAUGAAUUUCUUUGGCCCAAAGUUAUCAGCGUAUUCGAUGUUGAUUCUAACGUCUGCAGAUAAAUAUACAAAUGAAAAACUGGAGGAAUUUAAAAAUGACAUUCGAGAUCACCAAUUGAGCAAAAGAAUUUAUAAUUAUUGUAAAUUAGGUAUCUAUUAUCACGGUAUUCCUAAUUAUGAUGAUUUGGAUACAUAUGCUGACAGACAAGAUAUGUUACAAAAAAUACUUGUCACCAAACAACAGCAUGUCAGACCAAUGACAAAGAUGCUGAUAGCAAAAUUGAUUCAAUGCAGUCAGCACAGUAUGCAACUUCGACCUGUCAAUAAUAAUCCAUUAAUAAAUGAACCGACUUUGUUGUCGGAGACUGACAAUAGGCAUGGCGAAUCAACUCAAUCAUAUGCGGCCGCCAUUGUCCUCAAUACUAUCGCUGGGGUGAUGACAACAGAACUAUUUUGCUCGCGGGCAUACAAUAAUUCGCAGCUUGAAUUCUCAAAUACUUUGGCUCAAAAAUUUGAACAUACAUCCCCGGUGAAUUUAAAGGCUUUUCCAAAUGCAAUGGAUAAACAUGGAUUCUGUGAUAAAAUACAGCACAGUUUUAAACGAAUUUUUGGAUAUGUGAUCGAUGCAGUUGGUUCACUAUUAGAAGUAGUGAACGCAGAAACAGGUAAAUCUUUCAAAGAUAAAUGGGCUGGGUAUAUUGAAGAAGAUUCCAAUACAAACCAAGUCGUGGCGAUGAAAGGUAUACUGGAGAAGUAUUUGAAACAGGAAGAAUUGAAACGAAGAGAAAUACUCCGCUCAGUUGAACAAGAAAAGGCAAAUAUCAGACGGUCAAUCCUCAGAGCAUACAAAUUACAGCCUUAUUUGAUCUCAGCAAUAACUCUAAUAAAUCUGAUCAUGACUGUGAUAACACACAAAAACACUCGAAAUAUUUUUAUACAGCAGCGAAAAGUUAUGAAUGAGACAAAAGCGCUUUUAGAACAAAGUGCAUCUCUCUUAAAUGAUUAUUAUAAAGAGGCUAAAGAAUUGAUGGAAAGUUUAAAGUCGAUCGAUAAACAAGAAUUGGAUACUUCAGUUCGGCUGUCAACUCGAGUUCCAUUUAUGUUGCAUUUACUUUUACAUUCCCAGAAAAAAUUAGAAAGAACGAAAUCGCAACUGGAGUUGAUCGCUUCGAAACUAUGUUCUCAGAAAAAUGUUCACACAGUUGGGAUGUAUUCUACUACAAUCUGUACCCUGUGUAAUACAGCAACAAUCAGAGGUCAGAAAGCAAGUCUGUGGUAUAUGGCAGGUAUCGCACUGGGUCUUUUUAUGUUAACGGCAAAUGGUAUUUCAAUUUAUAAAUGCAAAAAGGAUUCUGAGUUAUUACUGCAAUCAAUCAAAGAGACCGAAGAACUAAUUGCAAACGCUGACAAAAGUAUCAAGUUACUGCAAAUAUGA